CUUGAUUGAGCUACGCUCGGCUGAGACUCAUCCAAAAUGGCUGGCCAGGAAGAUCCAGUGCAAAGAGAGAUCCACCAAGAUUGGGCGAAUCGAGAGUAUAUAGAAGUGAUUACAAGCAGCAUCAAAAAAAUCGCCGACUUUCUUAACUCCUUUGAUAUGUCGUGUCGAUCCCGUUUGGCCACCCUCAAUGAGAAGCUGACGGCUUUAGAGAGGAGGAUUGAAUACAUUGAGGCGAGAGUGACAAAAGGAGAGACAUUGACCUAAAACUCAUCAUGGACAGAUAAAGCAUCCCAGAGCGACCUUCCCAUCCCCUUUCCUGAAUUUUUGAAAUUUGUGUGAUGGACUCCACUUUCCAUUUUUUGGGACCCCGUGGACCAUUUUUAUAUUAUAUGGCUGAGGUUUUUUUUGUUGUUGUUUUCCCUCAUUAUGCAUUUGUAAAGGGAUAUGAAGAUCUGUCUUGGGUCUCUCACUGACUCCAGAAGAAUCACUGUUACAAAACAUAUUAACCUUCUGAAGUAAUUGUUUCUAAACAUAUGCUGGAGCUCAAUUACAGAACUGAUAUCAGCACAUCCUGUUGACCAUCUGUGUUGUACACAGUGUCAUUACCACUUCAGAGAUUUAUGAAAGGAGAACAUCCUUGUGUGCCAAGUUAAACAAGUUAUUGUGUAGUCAUCUUUGUUAAGCACCUGCUUGUACAGUGAACUAUUGGGUGAUGUUUCAGGAUUUAAAUACUGUAAUAAAUGAUAAACAAUGA